AUUGAAAUUAUCGCUCAGAAAAAAAACCAUGGCAAACCACUCUGACGAGGCGGCAGCGAAUGCAGAGGCGGCGGCGGCGACUGCUCAGCCGACUGUGAACGAUCAUCUCCUCCAGCAGCAGCUGUUUUGGGCAGCUCAGCUUCAAGAGAUCAAACAGAUAAGAGAUUUUAGGGUCCACAGUCUUCCCAUUUCCCGAGUCAAGAAGAUCAUGAAAUCGGACAAGGAUGUCCAUAUGAUUUCUGCUGAAGCGCCUAUUCUGAUUGCUAAGGCAUGUGAGCUCUUUAUUCAGGAGCUCACCCAUCGUUCCUGGCUUAACGCCCAGGAAUACCAGCGUCGGACUCUGAAAAAGACCGACUUCAUCACGGUGCUUAGGGAGACUGAACUCUUUGAUUUCCUUGUGGACGCCAUUUCUAUGGAUGAGACCGAGGAAGAAGUUACUGGUUUUGUGCCUGGCAUGCUGGGCAACAUACCAAGUGGUAUCCCGUACUGUUACUCACCAAUGGGACCUCCUGCUCCCCCAAUUGGACCUCCUGCUCCAUCAAUGGGACCACCUGCUGCACCCCGGGGAAUCAUGGGAAGGCGUGCUAUGCCUUGGGUUGCACCCUCAGUGCACGUCCCGCCUCCGUUGUACCCGCGGCAGUCCGGUUGGCAUGCUGCUGGCGGUAAUCCCUAUGCUACUGGAGGGAGCAGUGGACAGGGUAACGGUGAUCCUCAAAGUUAAAGAUCAUGUUCUCUGUUGAUCCAAAUGCUCAGUGGCACUGGCACAACGGAAGCUCUUAGUCACUAAUGCUGCAGGUCCUGUCAACUAUGGAUGCUUCUUAUUGCUACUGUCUAUGGGUAAAACUACUUUUAAUCAAAUGCUUCCAUGUUGUUUCAUUCAUGGCUUCAUUGGGAUUGCUGUAACUGUUAAUCUGCCGUUGUUCUUAUGUCCUUGAAUAAUUAUGAGGUAUGAUUUGUUCGAAAUAGAUGAAUCCAUUGGUUAGUAAGAUCUCUUUGUUAUACUUCUUUUCAUCAAAGCAACUGGCUGAUUUCCAUCAACUUAUAUGUAUGCAAACAUUCUGUUAGGUUUCUCUUUGUAAAUAAGAUAUAUUGAUUCUUUGGUUUAUAAUCUAAGAGGACGAUAUCAUAUGGGAAAAGGAGCACUAAUUUUUUCGUGAAGCGAGACCUGCAUUUGCAUUGUUUUUUUGAGAGUUCUAAUCCUUUCAUCAUCUGGACACCAUGUGAAGCAGCACUUACAUUACAUUGCUGGUACUAAGUUCCAUUUUUCAAUCACCUGACCACCCUGGUCGUUCUUUACUAGAGUGAUUUCAGGCAUAUUGCUUAGUUGGAGAAUUUAGUCCGCUCUAUGCUAAGUACUUGUACUUGGCUGAGAUUCUCUUUGUUUCCCAUUUUGUGUAUUCCUUAUUUCUCUCGUUGAAUCUAGACCUCCUUUAUAUCUGUGCUGAUCAGAUUUUAAUGUUUUGACAUCUGGAUGGAAACAAGUUACUACUGCUUAUGGCCUGAAUCCAGGAGAUGAUUGUCUUUUUCAACUUGUAGAUCAGCGGAACCAUAUACUUUUGAUGUACGCAAAAUCUGAAAGUCCAUAAGUAAGAUGCCAAAAGAAUUACUUGGAGCUGUUUACAGUGGCCAGAGUAAUGAAAAAGGAGCUAUAUCAGUUCCUCAUUAAUUGUUUUUGAACACUUAGGAUAUGAUGGCACUAACUCUUGGGAUAUUCGGUGAAUACUUUUUCUUAAUCAAGAUGAUGAAUUUGUUUUUUCUAUUUCAGUUUUUUUUUUAAUGAUAGACUGAUUUAAUAUUUGAUUAAUUCGAAAAAU